AUGAAACUCAAGAUGAAGCAAGCUGAAAUUUGGGUGGAUAAUCAUCUGCGUUGCAAUAGCCAAGAACCCUGUGUUCCAUGUGUAAUGCAGUUCCCGAAUUUCUUUCAGACAUCGUACUUGCAAAUUUUAGAUCUUUCCAAUAACAUGAUUUCUGGUGGAAUUUCCAAAUGGGAAGCUGUACGGUGGGAAGGAUUGCUAUGGUUGGACCUUUCUCAUAACUUUCUGACUGCUUUGGAGCAAUUUCCGGGUAACAGUUUGGAAUAUCUCAACCUUCAUUCCAACUUUCUGACAGGAAAUAUCACUUCUUCUAUUUGCAAUUGGAGUCAACUUACAGUUCUGGACUUGUCCAAAAACAACUUGAGUGGAACUAUUCCUGAUUGCCUUGGAAAUAUCGGAUGUCUCCAGCUCUUGGAUUUGCAAAUGAACAACUUCAUUGGCAAGAUCCCUAAUUCUUUUUUGAGAAAUAGUGACUUGAGCCAUCUUUUACUCAAUAACAAUCAAUUGGAAGGAUUAGUGCCGCUAUCUUUGGCUAACUGUACUUCAUUGGAACUUUUGAAUUUAGGGAACAAUAAGUUAACGGAUAGGUUUCCCCAUUGGUUAGAGUCGCUUCCAAGACUAAAAGUUCUUAUCUUGAGAUUUAAUAGAUUUUAUGGAUCACUGCCUCAUUCCAUAGCUUCAUCUAACUUCUCUACAUUGCGAAUAAUUGAUCUCUCUGGAAAUAAGUUUACGGGUACAUUGCCCACGAAACUCUUUCAAAAUUUGAGAGCAAUGAAAGAGAAACCUAAAGAGUGGUUAUACUCCUCAGUCUUCCAAGUUGGUAGGAGAAUUGGCAGGGGUAUUGUUCAAAUUCCUGAGGCAUAUGGCGAUAGAUUGGAGAUGAAAUUUCUGUGA